CCCCUAGACCGACUGUUGAAGGCGGAGCCCGACUUCCACAUCUCGGACAAGUGUAACCGUAGACCCAUCCACUUCGCUGCAGGCUGUGAGUCCACAGCCCCCUCUGGAAUACCUGGUGGGAAGGGGGGCCAAUAUGUAUGACUGUGACCACAAGGGAGAGACUCCUCUACACUUUGCAGUUCGCGCAAACAGAGUUAAAAAUGUGAAGUAUCUCCUGCAAGAAGCAAAAAAAAGUAUGAGUGACGAUGAUCCAAUCUUCUUGCGCUUUGGGGUUGGAGGUCUCAAUCGGCCAAACAAGGCCUCGUACACGCCAAUGCAUAUGGCGACAGAGAAAGGCUAUGUGGAAAUUGUUGAAGUGCUUGUCAGUUAUGGAGCCAAGGUAGAUGUGCCACUGAACACUUCUCGCUUCAAAGUCACGCCUCUCAUGAUGGCCGCUCAGUUCGGCUUCCAGGAUACACUGAACUUCCUGGUGGAACAUGGGGCAGUUGUGCAGCGGAAAGACCGUCUGGGCAGAACAGCCCUAAUCCAUGCUGCAAUGAAUGGGAACACAAAUGUCUUGUCCUUCCUACUAAACAUUGGCUGCAACCCCAACCUGUGUGACAACUCCGGCAACUCCCCCAUCAUGUAUGCUGCAGCGUACGGCUGGUACUUCUGUGUAGAGUCUCUGCUUGGUGCAGGAGCAGAUGUCAAUGUAGGCAAUGACUGGAAGACCACACCUCUCUCCAUCGCCUACAUGAAGAGCCAUUUUGGCAUUGUCAGUCUGCUGCUGACAAAAUCUGACGUUGAUGUUGACUUCCAGGAUGACCAAGGAAUGACCUUGGUGUCUACAGCUGCCUCCAGCGCCCUUUACCCAGACCUGUACGACCAGAUGGUUUACCUGGUGAAAGACAAGGCAGCUCGUUGCACCUUUGUGGAUGUUGAAGGUUGCACACCUCUUCAUCAUCUGGCCCGAAAUGACAUCCUUCUGGAGGGCACACAGGCAACACCAGAGCCAAGUGAUGAGGCGAUGGAGACAAGUGUGAAGAUUGCCAAGUUGCUGGUGGAAAAUGGCUGUGAUCCAAAGGCUGUCGAUAAGAACAAAGUGUCGGCUGUCAUGGCAGCUAUGAGAGCUGGCAACGUUCAGCUAGUUGAGUUUCUUCUGAAGAAGGGCAGCCCUAUCUUUACAGACCUGGACAAAGAGGGGGACACCAUCCUCCAUGCCCUGUGUUAUGACCACAUGGACUCCAUGAAGGACUACCUUGCUGUCCUUAAGUGCAUUGUUUCAAAGGAUGCAGCACAGAAGAAAGCUUUCAUAGAAAUGGCGAAGACCUUCUGCAAUGAUGGCAGUACUCCACUGCUGGCUGCCUGUCAACAGUACAGCGUCUGCAAGAAAAAGCUGAGUUCAUCUGACAGCAAGGAGGAUAAGGCAGCCGGAAGGUGGUUGUGGAAACGUGGACGUGAUUUCAUCAAGUAUCUGAUUGACGAACUGAAGUCUGAUGUGAAUGCCAUCAUAUGUGAGAAACGUUAUGAGAAGGAGGAGGACAAGCCAGAGAAGGAAGAGGACAGAUACCAAGCUGACUGGGGAAAAUGGUCGGUGGCUGAAAUGCUGGCAGAUGUUGAAUCUUGUGAGUAUUGUGGCUUACGGGAAGAAAAGGAAGAAGAGUGGCCAGCUCUCCGAAUGAUCCUCAAGUACAAGCCUGACAUGAAUACUCGUGACUGUGAGGGGCACACAGCGCUCACUGGGGCCGUCGACUACAGCAAAGUGGUGCCAGCUAACUUACUGGUCAAGGAAAGCAAUGCAGAUGUGAAUGCCUAUUACAUCAAGGAGGAGAAUGGGAAGAAGUACAAAAUCUGGACAGUUGUCAUAGCAGCUCUCACAGCCAACCUUGAGCUCCUAUCGUUAAUGGUAAAUGCCUCUGCGGACCUGCAUGUGAUUGAUGAGAGGGACGGCGGUGGGCCUCUCCAUGCUGCCAUCAUCAAGGGAGACAAGGCAUCUGGUACACUGGAGAUGAUGAAGGUUCUUCUCAGUCACGGAGCUGAUGUGAAUAGUCUGAACAAGACGCUUCGGACGCCGCUUCACCUUGCUGUUGAUUACAACCAAGGAAACAUGGAUGACAACUUUGACCUUGUGCUGGCCCUCAUAAACAAGGGCGCGGACUUGACGAUCAAGGAUGUGCGUGGCCGGAUACCCUUGCAUUAUGUGUUUGUCAAGAGAGGGAAACACACAGACAGCUCCCAGCAUGACCCAGUAGACCUGUGUCGUAUGAUCGCUGCCAAGGUGAAACCAGCGGAAAUCAACACUCAGGACAAGUUUGGGUGUACACCUCUUCAUCGGGCAGCCUUCAGGGGAGCUAACAUCUGUUGUAUGUACCUGAUGCAGAUGGGUGCUGACGUGAACUUGAAGGAUAACCAUGGCAACACUCCAUUGACAAUGGCUGUUAAGGGCCAUCAUGAUGGUUGUGCUACUAUCCUGAUCCAAAAUGGAGCAUGUCUGAAGGACCCUGUUGUGGAAGUCAAAUUGGAUACUGGGGGUAAGCAUGACAAUGACUCAGACGAAGAAGAAGAUGAAGAUGAGGAGGAAGAUGAAGAAAUGGAUGAGGAAGAUGUGGAUGACUUUGAUGAAGAUGAUGAUUCAGAUGAUGGUGAUAAGAAGAGGAAGAAGAAGAAGAAGAAAAAAGGAGCAGUGAAAGUAAUGAAGGCAUGGAAAGUGAAAGGUGUUGAAGAUGAAGUGAAGAAGGAGACAACCAUUAAAACACCUCUCCUUGAGUAUUCUCUGAAGAACCAGUUCCAAGGAGUGUGCUUCUUGGUGAUGGCAAAGCCAGUCAAGGAAUCAGGAGUCACAUUUGCAGAUGCCAUUGAGAUGGGACUGAAACUAGAAAAGUACAACAUCGUUCUGCGACUCCUUGCCACAGCAACUGAUCUGCAGUCAAUACGCAACAACCGUGAACAUGGACGUAACCUGAUUCACUUCCUCAGCCUCGUUGCUACAACGUUUAAUGACCUCAUAAAGAAGGUGGUGACCCAGCUGAUUGACAAGGGCCUGUCCCUAACUAAGCAGGACGAUUACAAGUGUACACCUAUUCAGUAUGCAUCCCUCAACAGGAACUAUGAACUGGCCAAGUUCUACAUGGAGACCCCAGGAGUAUACAGCCACAAAUAUACAGACUCAUUUGAUAGAAGUGUCAUGGCAGUUGCGUUUUGGAAGUCCUCCAUAUUUGAUUCAGACUUUACAUGGUUGGUUCAUGAUUUAUAUAAGAAGAAAGGGACAGCUGAUAUCAUGCUUGACCGCCCACUUCAAGAAGUGAUCUUCAGGUCAGAGGGCAAGGACCCUGAUUACUGGAAGAAGUACAACACACCAAAGGUCACCCCACUCAUCAUCGCCAUCAACCAUAACAGCUUAGAUAACUUCUUCCCACAAUGGUUGCUGAAUCAAGGUGUCAAUGUUAACAUGGCAGACAGCGAAGGAAUCACUCCAGUGAUGCAUGCUGUCAAGGGGAAUAAUAUAAUACUUGUGAAGACACUGAUGAACUACAAGUUUGACCCUAAAAAAGUUGAGGAAGAGCCAACGAAGCCUCUCAAGGAACAGUCGGCAACUAAAAAGAAAAUGCAUGGUCGGAUUUUCAAACUCAAACGGAGUACUUCAAAAUUGUCCCAGCUGUCAAAGGAUGAUGAUGAUAGUGAUGAAGACUCAGAAGAAUCUGAAAAAGAGGAAGAAGAAAAGAAAAAGGUCGACAACAAGAAGAAGGAAUACAAGCCUUUCAAGAAGGUGAGCAAGGUGAACCUUAAUGCAGUGGACAAGAAUGGCUGGACUGUGAUUCACCAUGCUGUAUGCCCCCUCGGCCAUGGCACCUUUGAUAAUGAUGAGAUUGUGUUCAUUCUGGCCAAAGCUGGCACCAAGCUGAAUGUAAAGAACAAGGAUGGGGACAUACCUCUGGAUCUGGCACUGAAAAAUGGUGCCUUCAAGAUAGCUCGCAUGCUGCAGAAACUGGAGAAUAUCAGUGAGAAAAACAUGAAACAGCCCAAAUAUCAGCCCACCACUGUGACAGCCAGCAUGAAAUGGUCCAGUCCUACACCGUCUUUCCAUGAAGAUGCUGAGAGAUUGGUGGAGAAGGUUGGGAAGCCCAUGGAUGUUGAGGAGGAGUAUGUGGCCAAGAUUGACUCCAACUGUACUGUCCCCAAUGGGACAUUAGAGAAGGAUGAGGAACAGGACCUGCUCUAUGAUGUCCUCCUUACCAAGGUUGACGUCAACUUGGGCGUGUAUGGACUGUACAACUUUUACCAGAUUCAGCUUGUUCAUCAACCAGGCAAGGACCUGUUUAUCCUGUUUACACGAUGGGGUCGUAUCGGGGACAGCGGACAGUACCAGCACACCCCAUACCAAGUGAAGGAAGAGGCUGUCAAAGAGUUCUGUAAAAUAUUCCGGGCCAAGACUGGGAACAAGUGGACAGAUGUUAAAAAUUUUGAAAACAAACCGAGGAAAUAUCGUAUAGUUCACAACAAGGAGAGACGUCAAGGCCACACUCAGACUGACAUUGAAUUCAAGAACAAGUCAACCAUGAAAUCCAAGCUGCCAUACCAUAUAAACAAUCUUGUGGAGGAGCUGACCAAUGUCAAGUCCCUGAAGGCAGCUCUAAGCAAGGAACCAAUGGAUACCAGCCUCAUGCCGUUUGGAUGUAUGCAGAGAGACAGGCUUCUCAAGGCUAGGUCACUGCUCCAGAAGAUAAGUGUGUUGGUGGAGGAAGUGGCUGGAUAUCGAACAGGGUCAGGAAGAGAAGAACAAACUGAGCAGAAGAAGGAGAGAUAUCAGGCUAACUGUGAAGAAAUAGCCAAACUCAGCAGUGAGUACUAUCAAGUUAUACCGCAGGUUGGUUUUGCUUACGAGAAGAUUAGGCCACUCGACCAACUCAAUGAUCUGAAGAAACAGAUCCGUCUUGUGUCCAACCUCCUGGACUAUGAAGUAGCCAGCAAGAUGCUCCUGGGUGCCAUGUACAGAGAGAAAGAAGUGAACCCUCUGGACUAUGUGUAUCAGUCCGUGGGAUGUAAAUUACAACUGUUGUCUGAAGAUGUUGUGGAGUCGCAGUACAUCCUCCGCUACAUCAACAACUCAGUGGACUAUGCAGAGGUGGAAGCCAUCUACAGAGUGUCCGUUCCAGGGGAACAGGAACGGAUGGACAAGAAGAACUUGGACAAUCAUCGCCUCCUCUGGCAUGGCACUGGCGUCGCCAACCUCCUCAGUAUCCUCCACAGGGGUCUGGUGAUUGCCCCUCCAGAUGCACCAACUACAGGUCAUCUGUAUGGCAAGGGUAUCUACUUCUCUGACACAUUUGAAAAGAGUGCGGGAUACUGCAGCAGCGACAGCAAGACUCUCUUCAUGUUGUUGGCCGAGGUUGGACUUGGCAACCAAAGGGUGAUUGUCAAUGGGUAUGCAGAAGACCUUGAUAAACCACAAAAAGGAUUUGACAGUGUCCACACUGUUGGGAGAACCUGGCCAUCGCAUGCAUGAUGUCUGUUUACCAACAGGCUAUGUGAUUCCACUUGGUGAGAAAGGCUACAACUCUUACUACAACGAUCAAUAUGUCAGUGGUUACCACAAUGAAUUUGUGGUGUACGAUGAAGGUCAGGCAUGCUUACGCUACCUCAUUCAGUGGAGAAGGAAGUAGGUUGGCUUUUCAAUACGAGGGACUUGAGAUGUGUUUCCAUGACUACUUUGAUUUUGUUGGAUAGAUACAUGAUAUCAGUUGUUAUCAAGAUCCUGUUCCAAAACCCAAUCUUAACAUCAUGACACAAUGUCUAUGAGACUAUGAUCACAGGAAUUCUCUGAGACUGAUCAUCGCAUGUCUGUGACACUACGAUCAUCAUAACUUUUUAACACAAUCCUCAUUAUGAGAUUAUAUGCGUUGAACAUUACCUAUGUAAUACGUCCAAAACUCUUAAAACUAAAUAUCAUUGCAUGUGACCAUUACCUUUGUGAAACAUCCAUAAUGUUAAAACAAAAAUCAUUGUAUGUCAGUAUGACUAUGAAUGUAAAAGAAUUGAAACACUGAUGGUGAGCUUGUAGUUCAUUGCCCUCUGUAAACCAUUAACAUUAUGAAAAGAAUGUCUUAAACGCACCAAGCCCUUGUUAAUAUAUAGCACUACAAUGGCUUUAAAUCUAUAUUGUUACAGGAGUUACUGAAAUCAUAAGUAACACAGGACCAGAGAUAAUGUUAAUAGUAAUGUGAUCUUGUUCUGUAGAAAGAUCAGUAUUUCCCUUUUGUUUGUUUUGAUGUUUGACAAUCCGAAAACUGUUUGAAUAUUUGUGUGAUGUUUUUAACUGUGAUCCCGUAGUGGCUUUGUUCAUUGAGAAAUCAUUUUGGAUGAAACACAUUCAUCAAGUUUCGUAGAUAUUGGUCUGUGAUGUGAAUGGUUGUGAAAAUGUGUGUUCUCAUUACAAAUAUGUUUUACUCAUUAUAAAUGUGUAUUUUGGUUUGUGGGUAAUGAAAAUGAUUAACUUGAGUUUCAUUUCAGCAGCAUUUGGUUGCAUGUGUGAUGAUUUACCAUUUUGACGUGUUGAUAGUUUUCUGUUUCCAUUUUGCUACUUAUAAUAUUUGACACUGCUUAUGGAAUCUUUCCUGCUUUCUUUUAUUAUAGGAAUAUUUUGUCUUCAUAGAGACAAUUGGCAGUAACUGUUACAUUUUUCACAGAUGAAGCCAGAUAUUAUGUUGUUUUAAAGAUUUUAUCUAGUUCAAAAAGCAAAGGACUACAGGUCUUGUCACAGUUGAUUAGAUGAUAGUUUCCCAUGAAAAACUGCUUGAAAACAAUCACACAAGGCAAUGUUCAAAUAAUGGUACAUACAAUUCAAUUACAGCAUUUGUGUGUUUCAGUCUUGAAUGACUUAUCUGUAAAACAAGAAAAUGGAUUGAUAUUAGGUGAGAAUGCAUUGAAAUAUGUUUGCCAGCAUUCUUCUUUAUAGGCCAAUUCUUACAAGUUAUGAAGUAAGUAUGUUGCAAGAAUAGUAUUCAAUAUUAUAUCAACAGGGCUUUGUAUGUAGUGUGAAUUUAACAUCACAGGGGCCUGACACCAUCUCACUAUUUCACUGUUAUGAUCAUAGAGAUUCACUGGGACUGAUGUUUUUGACUGUUGUGACAGGCCUGAAAUCAUGACACUGUCAGCAUGAACAUUUAAGGGACACCCAUUUGAUAUGAGGACAUGAGACAUGUGGAGGAUAUGGGACACCCAUGUGAUAUGAGGGCAUGCCACAUGUGGAGGAUAAGACAGACCCAUGUGAUAUGACACAUGUGGACCAUAUGGGACACCCAUUUGAUAUGAAUGCAUGACACAUGUGGGACAUAUUUGACACCCAUCUGAUAUGAACUCAUGACACAUGUGGAGGAUAAGGGACACCCAAUUGAUAUGAAGGUACAACACAUGUAGAGGAUAAGAAACACCCAAUUGACAAACUCUUUGGAUAACAACUUCUUUAUUACGAGAGUGCGAUGUUUUGAUACAGAUUCUUGUACCGUAUUCUGACAAAGGUACAAUAAUCUGUAUCGAAACGUCACAGUCUCAUAAUAAAGAAGUUGUUGUCCAUAAAGUUUGUCAAAUUUUGUACUUCCCAGCUUCUAAAAUGCCACUCAAGGAAGACACCCCAUUGAUAUGAAGCCUUGAAGGCAUGACAGUUGAGACAUUGUAAUUGGUGCAAAGGUUACCAUUUUUUCUGUUUAAUAAGUCCAGUUAUAUACUGCUUAAUGGAUUGUAUCUUAAGAUUUGAGGGUGUUUGGAUUAAUGUGAAUAAACUUGCUUAUUCUGAAAAAUUAUGAGAUGAGCUCCCCUGUAAGUGUUUUGUAAAGUAGGUGUAUUUUCAGUCAGUGAUGUAUCAUUCCAGUAGCCAUAUUGUGGUCUUGUAUGCUGACCAUGCAGAUCAUGAUGACGACUAUGCAUUUUCCAGUCAAGAUAUAAUUGUGCUUGAUGUCUGUAUUUAAGACUUGAUACAAUAAUGAGAAUUAGCUGAUGAUCAUUAUGAUUGGGAUUGUCCGUCAUUUGUACAUACUUAACAUGUGUAAUGAACAUGGCUCUACUUAUUCAUUUAAUCCACCAUGUUGUUGUGUAGAUUUACAAAAUACCUAAUUAAGAUGUCAUUACUUUAGUAGAUUUAAGACAGAGAGUUGUCAAUGUUUUGUCUUGGCGUGUGAAAAAACCCAUGCCAAUGGCUGACAAACUGUCAAGGACCUUUUUAUGUAUGUUAUCAUUUUAUACAAAAAGGCUGUCCUCAUGAUAUAUGUCUUUAUUUCACUUUGGUAACUGGAUACCAAAGAAACUGGCCAAAGAAACUAUAUAUCUACAUUUAAUAAAUUCAUUACAAUUGUGGCGAUUCUAUUGAGGACAAAUUGGGAGUGUCUCUCUUUAUUUCUUAACAAAAAGAUCUAGCAGGAAGAUUUUACCUUGUCCACAACUUAAUUAACAACAGAUGGCCUUAGACUUAUGAUACAUUAUAAAAUCUUGAUUACAUUAUGUAUUGUUCACUGCUCAAACAAACUCAAAUGACAAAAGACACACAUAACCCACUCCACAAUCAUAACGUGUCAUCCACUGUGCUCAACAAUUAUUAUACAGUACCCACUGUGCACUUGAACCAUGACAUCUUCCACACUUUUUGGACACAGAGCCUCAACAUGAAUACAGUCUCUUCCGUUAUGUUUACGAAUGAAAUCUUUUUGUAGCACACUGUAUAACUAGGUUUAUGAUUAUAUUAGGUACAAUAUAUUUCAUACAAUCCUUAAAGAUGAAAAUAACCUACUAUUUCAUCAUGGUCUACGUACAUCACUUUGUUUGAUGGUCAGUUUUACGUUUUUUGUUUCAUAUAAGAUAGUUAGGUUUUGACUGGCAAUGGUCACCCAAUUUCAAGUAAAGGGACACUUCAAAGUAUAUACUUCUAAGUGAUCACGGACGCACAGUUGUAAACACUAGUUACUGGGAAACCAAUAAUUUACUUGUCGGUCAUUAUUAUUACAUUAUCUUUUUCACAAACUUUUUGUUGUUGACAUAUUUUCAUCUUUUUUUCCUAUAUGACUUUACUUGUUUGGUAAGCCCUUUAGGCAUAGUUAUUGAAAUUGUUAUCGGCCUAUUGCCAUUAGACAAGAAUGAGUUUGUCUGUUAGUGAUGCAUAUGAGAUGAGGAGUGUGAAGUUAUGUGCUUUCAUCAGCUUUGCUUUACCUGUUGUGCUAAGAGAAAUGACUGAAAUAUUAUGUACCAAUUAUGUAGAUGAAUAUAUGAAGAUAUUUCAUGUAUAUUUGCUUGUAAUGACUGUGUGGUUUUGUACUGAUUCAAAGGCUUAUUUAUGCUUGUUUUAUCCAGCAGUAGGAUGUGAACACAUGUUAUUCUGGGCUGGUAUAUGCUUGUUUUACAUUUACAACUUUGUGCCAUCAGUAAAACUGGAAAACCUCACUUGAGCCAUCAGUGAAAGAGAAGUCAAAAGUUAAAUGGUGUCAUUAAUUGAAACCCCCCCAAAAAACCCUAACGUUCUGACCGGGAUACCAGGGCUUUCAUUGCCCCUUUUUUGGGGGGUAUGUGUUACAAGUAACACAUUACUUACAUUCAGAGGCACGUUUAUUCAAGUAUAGCUACUCAAGAACAUAUUGUCUUCAAAACACAUGACAGUAAGAUUUUACAUUCAUAAAGGUUUUUAGAAUUUAUCUCUUGCUUCUUUAUGUAAUGCAAUAACCUCACAUAAAAUUUAACAGAAUAUGUAUCAAAAUUCAAUGUCACUUAUGAAGUAUGCAUAGAAAUGUAUUUUGAGUACUUAAUGGACAUCAGAUUUACCCAGCAAUGAAAAGCCUUUCAAUAAUAAGUACUUGAUCUUCUGUGAUUUUAAAAGCCAUUUACUUUAUAUGGUAUCAAUGUAUUUGAUGAAAUUCAGUGAAUCUGUCAUGCCAUGUUGAUAUAGCCGUUUUGAGCUUACACACUUUAGAAGAACACAUAUGAAUGUUUCUUACUUUGAUUACUUCACCUAGAAUUUAACUCACAAAUUACAAGCAUGAUGACUGCCAUGUUGAAUGUAUCUACUAAUAUUCAAUAUGUUAUUUAUUCAGAAGAUUUUGUGUGCAUUUGUUCAGCUUUUUUAUACAUUCUAUUUAACAGAGGACUCACUGCCAUAGGAUAUGUUUGAUUCUGAGUUUAUUCACUUCCUCUAGUGCUUGUUCUAAGGCUCUUUUGACUUGAAUUAAGAGAGAAAUUCAAGGGAAACUGAAAAAAACAUGAAUUUUUUCAGGCAGUGGCCUUGAAACAUGUGUUAUAUCCUAAUCUGAUCGAGUAAAGAACCACCAGAAUGUUUAGUCUAAACACAUUUUAGUGUUGUAUUUUCAUCUUUCUUAAUGUUGGUAAAUAUAUGAGACUUUUCAUGUGGGAAAAAUAUGUAGAAUAAUACAUUGCCUACACCUUUCAAUAGAAUCUUCCGAGAUAAACAAGUUCACUCAAUAAAUACUAGAUGUGUGCAA